AACUAUAAAUAUACGAUGAUCGAAGCUCCGUCGUCUCUGACCCUCCCCCUGGUGAUCGAAGCUCCGUCGUCUCUGAACCUCCCCCUGAUGAUCGAAGCUUCGUCGUCUCUGACCCUCCCCCUGAUGAUCGAAGCUCCGUCGUCUCUGACCCUCCCCCUGAUGAUCGAAGCUCCGUCGUCUCUGACCCUCCCCCUGAUGAUCGAAGCUCCGUCGUCUCUGACCCUCCCCCCGAUGAUCGAAGCUCCGUCGUCUCUGACCCUCCCCCUGAUGAUCGAAGCUCCGUCGUCUCUGACCCUCCCCCUGAUGAUCGAAGCUCCGUCGUCUCUGAACCUCCCCCUGAUGAUCGAAGCUCCGUCGUCUCUGACCCUCCCCCUGGUGAUCGAAGCUCCGUCGUCUCUGACCCUCCCCCUGAUGAUCGAAGCUCCGUCGUCUCUGAACCUCCCCCUGAUGAUCGAAGCUCCGUCGUCUCUGACCCUCCCCCUGAUGAUCGAAGCUCCGUCGUCUCUGACCCUCCCCCUGAUGAUCGAAGCUCCGUCGUCUCUGACCCUCCCCCUGGUGAUCGAAGCUCCGUCGUCUCUGACCCUCCCCCUGAUGAUCGAAGCUCCGUCGUCUCUGAACCUCCCCCUGAUGAUCGAAGCCCCGUCAUCUCUGACCCUCCCCCUGAUGAUCGAAGCUCCGUCGUCUCUGAACCUCCUCCUGAUGCAGCUCCAGCUCUAAUCCUCUGAGAUCAUGGCUCAAUAUGUGAACAUUAGGCCAACAAUGAGUUAAAUGAGAGAGGUUUUAGUCCAGACAGUUCAGGAGACAUCUCUAAAUUGAUUAUUUUGGCCCAGUUUGACACCAUCUGUUCUCAACAGCAACCAGUUGAUGGACGUCAGGGUUUAAUCUUGUAUUUCAGUAUAUUAACACUGUAUUAAGGUAACGUAAGAUUACAGACUUUUGAAAGGAUCAAAAGACACAAGACUAAAUAUAUAUGUGAUGAAAGUAUUAUUUCAUACUGUGUGUUUGUUCCAG